AUGGAACUCUACCCAGACAUCGCCCCGAAAACCGUUGCUAACUUUACCAAGCUAAUUGAAAUGGAAUUUUACGAUGGCCUCACCUUUCAUCGGUAUGUGGAGAACUUUGUGAUUCAGGGCGGCGAUCCGGAGGGUAGUGGCAGUGGUGGGCCCGGGUGGACGAUUCCGGGCGAGUUUCAAAAUCCCAAACUCCGAGCGAAGAUGCCCCGACACCGAAAAGGGGUCGUUGCUAUGGCACGAGCGAACAAACCAGACUCCGCAGGCAGCCAAUUUUACAUCUGCUUGGACACAAAGCCAUCUCGCUAUUUUAGCCUCAACGGUCAGUACACCACCUUUGGGAAAAUCAUUGCUGGAAUGGAUGUGGUCGAUCAGCUUGGCAAAGGAGAUGUGAUGAACACAGUGCGUCUAAAGGGAAAAAACGAAGAAUUAUCCCCGCCAACCGAGGUCCAAACAUCUCAAUAG